AUGAGUACCAGCUACGGCUACUACAAAUACCAACCAUCCGCGGCCGCCGCCGGCGUCUUCGCCGUGCUCUUCGCCAUCCCAACCCUAUACCACUGCUACCUCUGCUUCCGCACGCGCACCUGGUUCAUGCUCGCCCUCAUCAUCGGCGGCUUCUUCGAACUAAUCGGCUACGCCUCCCGCCUCGCCUCCACCCACCACCUCACCAGCCUGCCCGCCUUCGUCACGCAAAUGCUCCUCAUCCUCCUCGCGCCCUCCCUCUUCGCCGCCUCGCUCUACAUGCUCCUCGGGCGGCUGAUGGCAUUCGUCGCGGGCCCGAACUCCAACUCCAUCUCGCACGCCCUCAUCCCCCCGCGCUUCCUCACCAAGCUCUUCGUCGUCGGCGACGUCGCGUCCUUCCUGCUGCAGUGCAUGGGGGGCGGCAUCACCGCCGCGGGCGCGCUCGGCAGCGACCCGGACCCGGCCAAGGUGCGGUUGGGGAACAACGUCAUCAAGAUCGGGCUGGUGGUGCAGGUGGGUUUUUUCGCGUUUUUUCUGGUGGUGGGGUCAUGGUGGAAGAGGGGGGUGGAGAGGGACGCGGCCGCGGUCGCGGCGGUGGGGGGGAGUGGGAGUGCGGUUGAACAGCAGGCGUGGCGGAAGCACUUUUGGGUGUUGAUGGGGGCGAGUGGGUUGGUGUUUGUGCGGUGCGUGUUUCGGGUUGCGGAGUACUUGAGCGGGCAGGACGGCGCGCUGUUGACGCGUGAGUGGUAUGCGUAUGUGUUUGAUGCUGUGUUGAUGCUCGGCGUGGUGGUGUUGUAUGCGGUGGUGCAUCCGGGCGAGGUGCUGGGCGCCGCAUCGGGGGAGAAGGAGGGGAAGGAUGGUCUGGGGAUGGAGUUGGCGUGA